GCUGCAGUAUUUCUGAACUGGUGCAGUGCUGGUUCAUCUCCACCGAUGGCGUGCAGAACAAGGGGGACUUAGAAGAAAAUCUUCUUAAUAAAAAAAACCCACUACAUUAACAUAAUUUAAAAACCAACCAAAAAAGCAAAAAAAAAAAAAAAAAAAAUCCUGCAUCAUGAGCUACAAUCCUUUCAUAUCCUCCCCCUCUCUGUUUUGGCGCUGGGACGACCACUCCAGUGCCCACCGUCUCUCCCACACCCCCCUCUCCUCAUCGCGGCGGUUGCUGAAGUCGGAGUCCAUGGGCUGCUGGGGGGAGAACAACCUGGUUGUGGCGUGUGGGGAGCUGCUGGGUCUCAGGGCCCAGGAGCGGGAGCAGCUGGUGGGGCUGAACAACCGCUUUGCCUCCUACAUCGAGAAGGUGCGGCACCUGGAACAGCAGAACCGGGUGUUGAUGCUGCAGUUGGAGGCUCUGCGGUGCAGGUGGAGUCAGCCGUCUCGCCUGCAGCAGCUCUACCAGCAGGAGGCACGUGACCUCCAUGAGCAGUUGCACCAGGAGGCCCAGGAGAAGGCACGCAUGGAGGCCCGGAGGAGCGAGCUGCGUGAGGCACAGGUGCAGUUGUUGGGCCGCUGGCAGCAGGAGGCCCAGCGGCGCAAGGAGGCAGAGGAGGAGCUGAGGCACCUGAGAGAGGAGGCGGGCAGGGCAGCACUAUGGAGCUCUGAUGCUGAGGCGAGCGCUGCCUCACUGGCGCAGGAGCUGGAUUUCCUCAAGAGGGUAUUUGCAGAGGAGCAGGAGCGGCUGCGGGCACAGCUGAAGGUGGCUAGCCUCAGCGUGAAGCUGGACGUGGACCGGCCGGACCUAUCGGCCGCCCUUGGUGAGAUCCGUGCCCAGUAUGAGACCCUGGCCAAGCGCAACAUGCAGGUGGCUGAGGCCUGGUACCACGGCAAGGUGGCCAGCGUGGCACAGAUAACUGGCAAACAGGAGGAGGCCGUGCGCUUGGUGCGGGAGGAGACAGCAGAGUACCGGCGCCUGCUACAGUCUUGUUCUGCCAAGGUGGAGACGCUGAGAAAUGUUAUCAACUCUCUGAAUGCACAGCUGGCAGAGCUUGAGGAGACACAGAGCAAGGAGGUUGCCAAGUAUCAGGGGAGGAUUGGUGAUCUGGAAAGAGAAAUUACUGAAGCCAAAGAGGAGAUGACACGUUACUUGAAGGAAUAUCAGGACCUCCUGAACGUGAAGAUGGCUCUGGACAUCGAGAUAGCAGCUUACAAGAAACUGUUGGAGGGAGAGGAGUUUCGGCUGACCUAUUGUUCCUUGCAGGCUUUGGCCUAAACCCUAUCCUUAACCUUUAACCCUUAUAACCCGCAUUAACCCCUCACCCUCGCACUUGAUCAUUUCUUUAUACCAUCAACCCUGCCAUACAAGACCCUUUAAGAUCUAAUCCCUGUCCCUUGAAAUGAACCCUCAUGUUCCUGACAGCAACUGGUCUAUAUAGGUUAUCCUUCUCAUAUCUUUUUUCCUUAACUAACCCUAAAGAUUACACAUAAUUCCUCAGCACAAGCUCACCCUAAAUUGAACCUAAUCCUAUUGAACCUAACACAAUCCCCCUUUUCCUAAUCCCUUUACGUCCUAAAAUUAUUCUUAACCCCUAACUUCAAAACCUGACGUUCUGACAUCUAACCAUACCCUUAAUGCUCACCCUAACUGCAUAAUGCUAUAAAGACAGACGAGCCCUUGUGUUAUACAAGAGGUACACCACGAUCGUCCCCCUUCUUCUUCACACUCUAAAUGAAGUAAGAUGGCCGCCAUGGAGAGAUAACUAAGAACAGCACUUGCCCAGCCAGAUGUCAAUAUCCUGUUGGCAAGUUCUCACUCCUCAGUUUUAUUACAAGUGCCAAUCAUGACUGAUCGAGCCCCUUCUGUGCAAACUCUUAGCCAACUGUUUGUAAAGGUGGAUUCUGUUCUAAACCCAUCAUGUUUGAAGCCCUUGAAUUACACUGAGGUGUACUUAUGCUAACUUUUGACCUGGAAUCUGCCAACAGGAUGAUGUUCUGCACACCUGGCCCUGUAUUUGUAGCAAGUAAACGAGUCACCUGUUACUUAAUUUCCAUUGAGAGCUGGAGCAUUUCAAAUGCAUAUCAUUUAUAUUCCUCUUUAAUUUCCUACAUUCUAAUAUUGUGAGCUUUCAUAGAACUCUUGAAAUGUAAUUCAUUUCAUGUGAGUAUGUGAAAUUAAAGAUAUAAAGAAAUUAAAGUAAAAAUGUCAUGUUAAGGUAAAAUUGUUUGCCUGAUCAAGAGAAAUAUUGCAAGUAUAGAAUCACUGGCAAGAAGAAUCAGGGAAGGGCUAAGAUCUUCUGACAAAACGCCACAGUUGUGAAUAUCUGUGUGCUCUCAUCUGCUUCUGUUCUCUACCCAUUCAAAUGAAAUGGAUAUAAUGACUAGUGGGAUAAAACCAAGCAGAGAAGCCCAAUGCUGUACCUCUGCACCUAUAAAAAAAAUACCGACUGAAUAAAACUAUUUUAAAAACUCCA